CAAGCUUACCCGGGAGGAAAAAGUAAUGAAAGCUGCCUGAAAGUGCAUACAAGCUGAAUGCAGACAAGAUACACCUGAAAAGCAUCACAAAUCAAUUUUUCCUGGAAGGGCUGCAAAUAUGAUGUCCUACUUGAAGCAGCCUCCCUACACGGUGAACGGACUCAGCUUGUCCACACCCGGCGUGGACCUGCUGCACCCCUCCGUGGGUUACCAAGCCACACCGCGGAAACAGAGGCGGGAGAGAACCACCUUCACCCGGGCUCAGCUGGACGUUCUGGAGAGUCUGUUCACCAAGACCCGGUACCCGGAUAUCUUCAUGAGGGAGGAGGUGGCUUUGAAGAUCAACCUUCCCGAAUCCAGAGUGCAGGUUUGGUUCAAAAACCGCAGAGCAAAACACCGGCAGCAGGCCCAGCAGACGCAGAGUGGCGCGCAGAGCAAGGCGGUGAGCAGCAGGCCCGUGAAAAAGAAAUCCUCCCCGCUGCGGGAGGCCAGCUCGGACAGCGGCGCCAGCGGACAGUUCACGCCGCCCCCCAGCACCUCUCUCCCGGCUGUGAGCAGCAGCGCGGCGCCGGUGUCCAUAUGGAGCCCGGCCUCCAUCUCGCCUCUAUCGGACCCAAUGUCCACCUCCUCCGCUUCCUCCUGCAUGCAGCGGUCCUACCCCAUGGCCUACACCCAAGCGUCGGGCUACAACCAGGGCUACUCCUCGUCCUAUUUCACCGGCAUGGACUGCGGCUCCUACCUGUCGCCGAUGCACGCCCACCACCACCAGCUGUCCGCGGCGAGCUCCGCGAUGAGCCCCAUGGGCGGCGGCGGUGCAGGCGCAGGCGGCGUGAGCAGCCACUUGAGCCCGGCGUCGUCGAUCUCCUCGUCUGCGUACGGCGCAGCGGGGCUCGGCUACGGCGGCACCGCGGACUGCCUGGACUAUAAAGACCAGACGGCGGCUUCGUGGAAGCUCAACUUCAACGCAGACUGUUUGGAUUACAAAGACCAGGCGGCGUGGAAGUUCCAGGUGUUGUGACGCUUCCCUGCCCCGCAGCCAGGCCGCGGAGGAGUGGCUCUCAUGCGGCCUGAGACUCUUCUACCUCGGGCGAGCAGAGCAGGACUAGUCGCCCCCUUUUUUUGAGCGUUCACACUCCAACUUUGAUCAAGGACAUGGAACAAGAGAAAGGAAGCUUUGUGGGGAUCAAGUUAGAAUUUUCUUUUUUGGAAAUAAAGCUGGCACAUGAAUGUGUGACCUCUGACAUGGAUGCACUAAUUUAAUUUAUGAGAAAUAUGUCUAAGACUAAAAGACAAUCAUACCCACUCCCCUUAUUUUUGUGUCACCAAUGUCCCCUGUAUGUCUUUUUUAUUGUUAUUCUAGAUUUUUGUUGUCAUUUUUUAUACAUGCAACUGUGAUUUAUUUUUUAUUUUUUACAAAUAUUAUUUCCCUCAUGUCUGCUGUUAUAGGUGAUACAUUUUAGUUUUAAAAGGGAAUAUGCAGGUAAAAUCAAGCAAGCUGUAUUAAAAAAGAACACACACUCAAUAAUAAUAAAAAUAAAGAA